CCAGACGCAGGACGCUGCUGCUGCGGUUUGGAUGACGUCCAGACGGCAGACGUAGAGAAACGGUGCGGCAGUUUGCAGACAGUUGUGGCGUUUUCUUCAGAUUUUAAGGCUACCUGUCAGCGGAGGACCGCAGCGAACAGGCAUCAGGAGAAGAACCAACUUUGACCGUGUUGAACCUUUCUCUGUGUCCUGAGUGAGAGAACGGGCUGCUUGGAGACAGGAAGCGCUGAGACAGGCGGUGAAGCGUCCAACCGUGGAUCCCUGCAGGACCUCGUCACAUGGGAGUGGGCGUCGGCGCGCGUGAGGGUGUGUGUUCGGGGCUCCCACUGUCCCGUCGCCCGCAGUUCCUGGACCGACAUGGCAGGUGGCCGAGAGCGCAGUUCACGAACACAGAGGCCAUGGUCGGUGUACAGGGCCAACACCUUCGAGCUUUCCAGCGAGAUGAUUGGCCUGGCGCUCGCAGGAAAUAGUCAGGACCCAGAUGAGCCUGUUUUGGAGUUCAGUAUUGCCUGCACAGAGCUGGCGACUCCUGCUUUGGAGCGAAAACCCAACAGCUUUGUGGCCGUGAGCUGCACAACCCCUCCUCAGGCCUUCUGGACCAAACACGCGCAGACGGAAAUCAUAGAGGGCACCAGUAACCCCAUGUUCCUCAGCAGCAUCGCCUUCUUCCAGGACUGCAACAUCAACCACCAGACGCAGCUCAAGCUGGCUGUGUACGACGUAAAGGACCGCUCGCAGGGCACGAUGUACAUGCUGGGUUCUGCACUUUUUGCUGUGAAGGAACUGCUGCAGGAGAAAAGCCACAGAUUAGAGCUGGAACUGCGGUCGGCAGAGAACCAACGGGUCGGGAAGGUUACGGUCGCAGCAUGGCAGAUGGAGGACAGGGCGGAUCAUAGGAUGUCUGUUAGAAGUCUGCCAGAGAGCAUCAAUGGCCGAACGGUGCUGCCCGUUGACGAGAGCCUGACCGAGUCGAUGGGAGUUCGCAUAAAGUACGCCUCGCUGUGCAAAGACAGUCUGCUGCGCUCGGUGUUCGGAGGCACCAUGUCCAGGAUGUACCGCUUCCCAACCACUGACGGGAAGCACCUGCGUGUCCUGGAGCAGAUGGCAGAGAGCGUGCUGUCCCUCAACGUUCCCCGACAGUUUGUUAAGCUGCUGCUGGAGGAGGACACUGCCAGGGUAUGUGAGCUGGAGGAGCUGGGAGAGUUAUCCCCCUGCUGGGAGAGUCUGCGACGACAAAUCGUGUCUCAGUACCAGUCCACAAUACUCACACACCAGGAAACAUUGUCUGACCUCAGCAGCUACAGAGGUCCCUCGUUCAAAGCUAGCAACCUGAAGGCAGACAGGAAGCUGGAGUUCAUGCCAACCAACCUCCAUGUGCAGAGGAUGAGGGUGCAGAACGAGCUGGGCUUCGAGCACACCUACGACGUGGUAACCAUCGGCGCUCCGGCUGCUCAUUGCCAGGGCUUUAAAAGCGGCGGCCUCAGGAAGCUCAUCCAGAAGUUCGAGGAGGCAAAGAAACACGUUUAUGAGGAGGGAUGCAGUGCUCAGUCCAGCUCGCAGUCCAUUGUCUACAUACCCCAGGACAUUGUCCGAGCCAAAGAGAUCAUUGCUCACAUCAACACACUGAAGACUCAGGUCAACUACUACGCUGAGAGGCUUUCCCGCGCCGCCAAAGACCGAUCAGCCAGCGGACUGGAGAGGACGCUGGCUAUCCUGACCGAUAAGACUCGUCAGCUGGUGACAGUGUGCGACUGCAAACUGCUGGCUUCGGCCAUCCAGGCUUUGAACGCAGGCCGGCCCGAGUACAUUGCCUCCAAAGCAUCUCCUACAACUGAACCAGAACAAGUGGUCCUCCGCAAUGACCAGGAUACUCUGCUCGCCAAGUGGAGUGGUCGCAACAGUCGAUCUUCAUUGCAUGUGGACUGGCAGGAAGAGGAGUGGGAGAAGGUGUGGGUAAAUGUGGACAAAUCUCUGGAGUGCAUCAUCCAACGAGUGGAUAAGCUGCUGCAGAAAGAGAGGAGACCCAGCAGCAGUAGUCUGGAUAGCAGCCAGCCUGACCUGCAGGGCAGCAGUCAGAAAGGCGACGAAAAGAGACGAGCUUUCUGGAUCAACCCAGGAAGUUCGUCACAGGACUCGUUACCAUCAGAACCACCUCCACCAUCAUCAUCACCACCAUACUCUUCGUCUUCGCCUGCCCUCUCCUCAUCUGCACGACCCCCCAGCCCCGAACAGGAAAACUAUGGAAGCCCGAGUGCAGAGGAGGCGUACCCAGGCGAGUGGAGCGAGGUGCUGUACCCGCUCCUCACCACGCUCACAGAGUGCGUUACUAUGAUGAGCGACAAGGCCAAGAAGUCCAUGGUCUUCCUGCUCAUGCAGGACAGCGCCCCCACCAUUGCCAUGGACGUGUCGCUGCAGUACCGCCGGGACGUCGUCUUCUGCCAGACGCUCACUGCACUCAUCUGCGGCUUUGUCAUUAAACUGAGGAAUUGUCUUCGAGAUAACGGUUUCCUGCGGCAGCUCUACACCAUCGGCCUGCUGGCUCAGUUCGAGUCGCUGCUCAGCACCUAUGGAGAUGAGCUUGCCAUGUUAGAGGACAUGAGUGUCGGUGUGAUGGAUCUGCGUAAUGUCACCUUUAAGGUUACCCAGGCGGCCGGUAGCUCCGCCCCCGACAUGCUGCCGAUUAUCACAGGCAACAGGGACGGCUUCAACGUACGCAUCCCGCUGCCAGGCAGCAUGUUCGAUGCGCUGCCGCGGGAGAUCCAGAGUGGGAUGCUGCUGAGGGUCCAGCCGGUGCACUUUAACGUCGGCAUCAACGAGCAGCAAACCCUGGCUGAGAAGUUUGGUGACACAUCCCUGCAGGAAAUCAUCAACGUAGAGAGUCUCUCCAGGCUGAACUCGUACUACGAACAGUUUAAAGAAGUCCUACCUGAGGACUGCCUUCCAAGAUCUCGUUCCCAGACUUGUCUCCCUGAGCUGCUGAGGUUUCUGGGCCAGAACGUCAAUGCCCGCAAGAACAAGAACGUGGACAUUCUGUGGCAGGCUGCUGAGAUUUGCCGCCGGCUGAACGGCGUCCGUUUCACCAGCUGCAAGAGUGCCAAAGAUCGCACGGCCAUGUCAGUCACACUGGAGCAGUGCCUGAUCCUGCAGCAUGAGCACGGCAUGGCGCCGCAGGUCUUCACCCAGGCGCUAGACUGCAUGCGCAGCGAGGGCUGCAGACGAGAAAACACAGUGAAGAACAUUGGCUCCCGAAAAUAUGCCUUUAACUCACUCCAAAUCAGGGCCUUCCCCAAGCACUACCGGCCACCCGAUGGUACCUACGGGAAGGUGGAAACCUGAUGGAACCACCCAAGGUGUGCCUGUCAGGGCAUCAGCAGCAUCACCAGGCUUCUAUGGGAAAGAUUAGACGCGGUACUAUCGUGGAACAUUACGGACAUUAAUGUUAUCUUGUGAGUUAUCAGGUUUUAGAUUACAUUUUUCUGAGAGUAGUUACUGUGAUUUAGCUUACUCAGAAGAACCAUAAAGAAAAUAUAGAGGUAAAUCCUAUUACAAGGACUGUUUUCAGGUACAUAAUGUUGCUUGUGUUAUGUUAUUCAUAACAUGCUGAACAGUGUUUUACCUCACUGCCUCUACCUUUUCAAGCACUGAUAAUCAGUAUUUAACUACCAUGCCAACAUUGUAGUUUAACAGAAAAAAAGGAAGAUACCAGAAGAUUAAAGGAAUUAAUUGUGUAAAAUCAACUUUUAGGACAAACUCUAUAGAAGUAAACCUAAUGCUGUUACCGUGUAAAAUAAGAAGCAGUGCCUUCAAAAUGUUGUCUGAAGUGCCCAUGAGCAAGUUAUGAAUUCUGUAAUACCUCUUGUUUUGUUUUGUUGAUGGACCAGAAAAUUUAAUGUUUUGCACUUCAGUUAAUCAGCACAUACAGAAUUUUACCAAUAAAUACUUUUAAAAAGAUAUAGUAAGGUGGUUUGAGUCAGAGCACUGAUGCUGAAGUAGACCAUUUCAUGAUGUGCCUAAAACACAAGGGGGCGUCACUGUGCUUCUACCAACAUAUGUAGCCCUACAUCUGUCUGUGAAUCAGCUGCCAUAUUUGCAAAAUGUACAUGUUUUAGUCGUCACUGAAGGUGUUUUUGCUUUGUUUUUUUUACUUCUGUAACAUGCACAUUUGUUUUGUCUUUGAAAACGGGACAGAUUUUAAAGUUUUUGCGUUGCAGAGUUUCUAGAAUAAACAACUUUUUUGGUUUGUUGUCUUGAAAGUGAA